AGCAGUCGCUAACUUCUGAUACUAACUUCAGUCACUUUGACAAUAUUUAAUUAAUCUUGAUCAUAUUAAGGAAUAUAUGAAUCUAAAGCCGUGUCCAUAAUCACGAACCUGAGUAAACAACCAUGGCGACAUCUGAGGGGCAUUCAAAGCCGAGAAUAAAAGCUGAUAUAUCAUAUGAUGAAUUUUUCAUGGGAAUUGCUUGUUUGUCAGCAAAAAGGAGCAAGGACCAACAGCGAAAAGUUGGUGCAUGCAUCGUCAAUGAGGAUAAAAGAAUAGUUUCGACUGGAUACAAUGGUUUUAUUGACAGAAUUGAGAAUAAUGAUGAAGCAUUCAGCUGGUCCAAAGAAAAGAAAAAUCUUUAUGUCUGCCAUGCUGAAAUGAAUGCUGUUGCUAAUAGACAUGGAACCAGUUUGAAGGAUUGUACACUUUACGUUACUCUUUUUCCUUGUAACGAAUGUACCAAACUGCUGUUACAAUCAGGGAUCAAAAGGAUUAUUUAUUAUGACGAUGAAAAGCUUCAGGCUGAAAAACAAAAAUACGAACAAUGCACAGAUGACGUGAAAAUAGAAGGGAAGUACAUGGCGUCGGAAAAUAUGCUGAAAAAAUCAGGGGUUGAAAUUUUAAAAUAUGAAAAUCUUGAAAAGGAAGAUGGAACUCGACUGAACCCUACAAAAGAAAUCAUGCUUAGUUUUGACGACAUUGCGAAAGCUAUUAAAAAAUGAAAUAUAAAUUAAGAGCUGUUGUACCGCUAACAUUUUAAAAAUCAUUUUUAUAAAGAUCAUCAUAUAUAUGAAUUUCAAAAAUGGUUAUAGA